AUGGCAAAUGUUAACACCGAUCUUGGAUUAUAUCUUGCCAUCAGUGCCGCCGUCAAUGACCCGAGCCAGAGGGAAUGCCCCUGGUACGAAGUCUGGGACAUCUGCUUGAACCAAUACCUUUUCGCAAACUCAAAUACCCAAACAACAGCAUGUUCAACAAUCCCUCAAUAUUCACUCAUCUGGACGUACGACGUAGAUGCCGAUCAUAAUACUACACCAUCCAGCCAUCCAUCAUCACCCACUAAUGACCAUAUGCAAGUAUCUCCCCCACUUCAGCAUCUUCAACCUUCCAGACGCUCUGUUAAGAUACCUGAUUUCGUUCAAGUGCUCCGUCAGGCCAUUCAACCACUGGAAUUUCCACCCCACCAUUUUCAACAGCGUGUCAUCCUGACUGUUGAAGUCAAGCCAACACUCAAUCCCAUUACCUUUGACCACAUUCUAAACUCACAAGUGGCAAGUCAGGUUAUGUACGCAUUUGCUUCUGAUGAUACUCUCCAGUCGCUUGGUGUAGUGCUGGCUGGUGGGUUAUACUGGGUGUAUCAGGAAGUUGACCGGCCGUCUGCUCGUGAAUUCGAGUAUUUGGAGAGGACCAUGUCUGACUCGGAUUAUGUGCCUGAGAUGGCACGGGAGAACUCCACAGAUACAAGCAACUCAGGCUCCUCAGGCUCCUCUGCCCUCAGUGACCCUCCUCAUGUCUUAUUCCAUGUCCCUGAAUGUGUCAACUCUAUCCUUGAUGGUCGCAGCCAAUUCUCCUUCGAUGACGUGCCACUUUGCAAACAGGCUCUGACCCAGAUAGCCUCGCAUCUGAGGGCCUGCCAUGGUCAGUUUUGGGGAUUGCAGGGUGAUGGGAAGUGCACUACUUGCGCUGCAAUGGCAGUAGAGAGACACCAACAUGUGGUAAGGGAGCUGGAGCAAACGGGCAUUGAAUUGCCAUCGUGA